AUGUCCUCUUACGGGCAUUCGAGGAUGCAGCCAACUGAGCCACUGGCUGAGGCGGAAGAGCAUCCUCGUGCCACCAGCGCUCUAUCUCAGCGAUCGAAUCGUCUCUCCUAUGGCAGCUCAGCAGGCCGACCAUUGGCCCAGCCACCCUCCACGAUUCCUGUUCGAAAGAACGUUUCGCCAGCUCAAGUAUUCUCUCGACAUAUUCCUGUCUCACCCAGCAGAUCUUAUCGCGAGAGUGGCCAGCGACGGUUUGAAAAGGAGGAGGCCCGGUCGCUGCGAGAUGCCUUGGAGGAAAUGGACCUGCACGAUGACGUUCGUAUCCACCACGCUGCGCAGGAUGAAGCAUCGGAACUCGUCUGGAUGCAUCAGCAUCCUGGCGUACCGUAUAAAAACCCCUAUGCACCUUAUCGGAAUCCCGAUGUGGAAAGCUUAGGCGGGUCUUCAUCUAACGGCAGCCCUUCCAAAAGCAGUCCCUCAAGAAGCAGCCCCUCGAGGACUAGUCCAUCCAAGACCCAGAGUCUUAGAGGCCACAGACACUUGUUUUCACUUCCACAAAGAGAUAUCCUCCGUACUGGAUCUCUCAAUUCUCCAGACAGACAUAGUGUGGUGGGGAAUGAAGAUUAUUCGAUGUACAGCAAAGAAUCUGGUCAAGACGAUGGAUCGCCCAGUCAGAAGAGAACUGGAACCCUGAGAAAGAACCUCAAGGUCAACUUUGCAUUGCCCGAGGAAGAGGCUGAAUCCCAGUUCGAAAAUGAAAACCGCCGAGCAGGGCAGAGAAAUGUUAGCAGCGAUUCAUCAAAAGGGAUCUUUAGGAACCCAGAUGAUCAGAUAUAUGAGGAGCCCGAAGACCCUUCCCGCAGGCUAGAUGACCGCCCCGACUUUUCCAAAUCCGACUCAUCGGCUUUGAGGGCUAAGCCGCGGAACGCUCUCCCCCGAGGAUCUCGACCACUACCAGGCCGAUUUAGCAGCCUUCCUUUUGUGGACAAGCUAUCUCGGUUUGAGCCUCACAAGAACCCUCCAACUCAGUCAAGAAAUCCUCAAUACACGAGGAAUGACCCAUCUCCCCAGCCUAGUCCCAACACAAAGGCACAAGAACCAGAAAUUCCGACCAAAGAUGGCAUUGAGAUUCGAAGUGACGAUAUCCGUGCGGCCACAAGCAAGAAGCUUAGUGACCGAAGUACUAAAUUGCCUAUGCCAUCUGCUGUCAGUGAUCGAGUUGGCCGACCAAUUGUUAGCUUUGAUCCCACCUGGAAGCCCUUUGAAUCCGAACCCAAAGAGCUUGAGGGUCUUAAUAGGACUACAGCAUCAGCUUCCCCCACCCCUCCCCCACAACCCCCAGCUCCGACCAUUGAAGUGUCGGAAGCACCUUCUAUUCCUGUAAUCAAUCUUCCCGAUGACAAAGAACCCACUAUCUCGGAAAUUUCGGGUUCAUCUCGAGACAGCACUAAAGAAGCAAAGCCUCGACCGGGCCCAACAAGGGAUAAUGAACGCAGAGACCCAUCUCCCAAGAAAUCUGCACCGGUAUCGCAGGGCAAUUGGUACACGCCUUAUACACGGUCCGGCGUUCCCAGCGCACGCUGCGAGUCUUGCACCCUUCCAAUUUCAGGCAAGAUAGUCACGGCAGCAGGAACCCGCUUUCAUCCAGAAUGUUUCAUAUGCUACCAUUGUCAGACUGCACUUGAAUGUGUUGCUUUCUAUCAGGAACCAGACGCAAAGCGAAACGAGCGGCUUGCGGAUGUGCCAAUUGGUGACGAAGAAGCGCGGGCUCCGAGGUUUUACUGCCACCUUGAUUUCCAUGAGCUGUUCAGUCCUCGGUGCAAGAGCUGCAAGACUCCGAUUGAAGGAGAGGUUGUUGUCGCUUGUGGGGCUGAAUGGCAUGUUGGUCACUUUUUCUGUGCCGAAUGUGGUGAUCCUUUUGAUUCGCAUAAACCAUUUGUGGAGAAGGAUGGGUUUGCCUGGUGUCUUCAAUGUCACUCGCGCCGAACUGCUCCCCGAUGCUUGGGCUGUAAGAAGCCCGUAUUGGAUGAUGUUGUUAUCACAGCAAUUGGCGGACAGUGGCAUGAUCAGUGUUUCGUUUGCCAUGAAUGUGGCGAUGAUUUCGGAGCUGAGGGCCGAUUCUUUGUCAAAGAAGGCGAACCGAAAAAAACUGCCAAGGGACGUAUCAUUGGAGGCCCGGUCCAGCUUGCCGUCUGUGAGCGAUGCGAAGGCAUUAGACUCAAGGCAUCGCCGUGA